AUGGCAACAUCACCACUAUUGAAGCGUACUAUAUCGUUUGGUUAUCCUCAAACUAUAAAUGAUCAAGAAAUUUCAAUUAAAAGAUUAUCAUCAUCAUCAUCAUCUUCUUGUUCUUCUUCAGUUAUAGAAGAUGAAAUAAAAAUUCUUGAUGAAACAAUAUCUGAAGACGAUAAGACACUUAUUCAAGAAUUACUUCAAUCUAAUAAAGAUCUUAAAAAAGAAAUUCAUAAUAUUUAUCAACAAUUAAAACAUACUAUAAAAAUAAAUGAACAAUGUGUUGAUCAAGCAUAUAACAUGACAAGUAAUACGAAAAACAAUAAAAUGAUAGAUGGUUACAAUAGCUCAAUUUAUUUUAAUGAAUUUAAAAAAUCAGAAAAAUAUAAAAUGAAAGCAUUAAUGUACAAACAAAAAUUUGAAGCAUAUCAAGAGACCAUUAAUAAUCUUCGAAAAACAAUUCAAACAAUGGAAAAGCGAUUUGAAAAAUUGAACAUCAUAGAACAACAACAACAACCAAAACAAAUUGAUUCUAAACAAUAUCAUAGUCUUUCUACCGAUCAUCGAUUUAUUUAUGAAUUAUUUCAUUUAUGUCUUCAACAUUCAAAAAACUCUUCAAAAUCAAGAAUAACAACAAUUCAGUCUCAUCAAGAUAUGAAAACAUAUAUACAACAAACAUUUAAUUAUUUAAUAAAAAAAUCAUCUGAAAUAAAUUCGAAUAAAACGAAUUAUUUUACUUGUAAAUGUUCGGAUCGAAUUGAUUCUAAUCAUAAACCAAGCUAUCAAUAUUGUCUAGAUAUUAUUGAACAAUAUCAAACAUUAUUUGACAUAAAAUGUUUUACACAUAUGUCAACAUCACUUAUUGAUUUAUAUUAUAAACAUGGAGAAUUAAAUAAUUUUAUUCAUGCUGUUUCAAGUACAUUGGGUAUUAAUAAUAAAAAUCAAAAAUUAUUAUUUAAAACUUUAGAAAAAAUAAUUGAAGAUUCGAAAUUAGAUAAAAUGUUUACAUUUAAGAAAUUAACAACAGUAAAAGACAUGAAUGAAGCAAUGAGAAAAAUUCAUUGUUAUGAUAAUAAUGUGCCUCAUUAUCAUCAAUUUAUUGAAGAAUUAGCUGAUUUACUUGAAGUAUCAAAAGUUGAUCAAAUAAUACCAGCUAUUAAAACACUUAAAUUACUUGCACAUGUUGAUACUGAACAACAGUCUAGUUAUUUACCACGUAUAUCGUCAAUAAAUGUACCUAAUGAGACAUAUUCAAAUUCAUUUCGAACAAACUCGUCGAGUUAUAAUUAUGAACAAUCGAUUGAAAAACAAACUGAAUGA